AUGGCGGCAACGGACGCUGCAAGGACAGCUGACCGAGGACCAGGAGGGAGUGCCACAUUCAGCGUGAAUCCUCACAGUUUGAUGCCGGGAUUCAACGAAAGCCGGGACGACUUGGAUGCCUAUUUAAAAAGGUUCGAGAGCGUCGCCACCGGACAAGAAUGGCCUAGAGACAAAUGGGCCACGGCUCUAAGUUUAUGCUUGAGCGCAGAAGCUCUGAAAGUCUUUGGACGUCUGUCUCCAGAAGACUCCCUCGACUACGAUAAAGCCAAGUUGGCGUUGCUCCAGCGUUUUCGGUUUACGGCGGAAGGCUACCGGGAGAAGUUCCGACAGAGCAAACCCCAAGAUGGCGAAACUGGAAAGCAGUACGCAACUAGGCUACUGAGUUUCUUUGAUCGGUGGGUGGAAAUGUCCAAAACCGAAAAAGAGUAUUUGGCACUUCGCAACCUAGUGGUGACGGAACAGUUUCUGAACAACUGUCAUCAUCGGUUAGGACUCUUCCUGCGCGAGAAGAGCUACCGCCAUCUAGAUGACAUGGCCGAAGCUGCCGAUAAUUUCCUAGAGGCUCAGAGACAGCCCAAUUUGUUAGUGUUCCGGCAGAAAUCGGAAGGCAGUAACCCUACGGAGAAAACCAGAAGCCCAUCUGAGAGAGUUCCAAUGCGAUGCUUCGUAUGUGGAAAACUGGGUCACGGGGCAUCAGACUGCCGAUCUAAGCAGAGGCAACCGUACUGCGGAUAUUGCCGUAAGCCCGGGCAUGAUGUCAAGGCCUGCACCAAGAAAAACGGUCCACCAAAGACGACGUCUUGCCUAUUGUCGCCAGAAGAAUGCCUGGAAGAUGUCAACACAGCAGUUGUUGAACAAGAAGACGUAACUAGCACGGUGAAGACCCACACAGGGACUGUAGCACGCAAGAUGCCAGUGCUAAAGGGCGUCGUCUUCGGACAGACCGCGUCAGUCUUGCGAGAUACAGGAAGCAACACGCUGGUCGUGCGUCGUUCCCUCGUACCGGACAAGGCUCUGACGGGCACCACCACUAAGCUUGUCCUGGCGGAUGGCAGCAGCAUUGAAGUUCCCGAGGCCAAGGUUGAAAUUAAUUCACCUUAUUUUUCUGGUACAGCGAUCGUAAAGUGUAUGACAGCUCCUCUAUACGAUGUUAUUAUCGGAAAUGUACCAGGCUCACGAGAACCUCACGAUCCAGAUAAAACCUGGACAAAGAGACUGAAGAAGCCCAUCGAAGAUGGUAUAGCAAGUGGGAAAAGAACGAAGGGAGAAGACCAUUCCCCGGAUGCUUUGCUGGUCGGCAUCAAGGGCCGAGACCAACAGCCGAAAACAUCCGCUAUCAAUAUCAGCGCCUUGAAAAUAACCAGGCAGGACCUUACCACGGCCCAGAACGAGGAUAAGACCUUAGAGUCUUGCAGGAACAAAGUGGGUCAAGUGUUCCAAGGCAAAAGAGUGGCAUCCUACUCAUUCGAAGUAGUAAAGGGAGUGCUGUAUCGUCGUUGCCGGCUGUCCUCGGGCAAAACAACCCAACAAGUGGUAGUACCCCAAAAAUUGCGGGGCCAAGUGCUCACCCUGGCGCACGAAAGCCUGAUGGCAGGACACCAAGAAAUCAAGAGAACGAUCGACCGUGUUCUAGAAUCCUUCUACUGGCCAGGAGUCCAAGAAGCAGUGAGAAGAUACGUACGCUCUUGUGACACUUGCCAGCGAACGUACCCUAAGAGUAAGGUGGGCAAGGCACCUCUUGGUCGCUUACCUUUAAUAGACACUCCAUUUGAAAGGGUGGCGGUGGACAUAAUCGGACCCUUAAAGCCUACGUCAAAUAAGGGUAACCGAUACAUACUGACCCUGGUGGACUUCGCUACCCGAUAUCCAGAUGCGAUAGCUUUGCCGUCGAUCGAUUCGGCUACGGUGGCCGAAGGACUGAUAGAAAUGUUUUCUCGCAUUGGAUUUCCACGUGAGAUACUGUGCGAUCAGGCCUCCUGUUUCACAUCGGACCUAAUGAGAGAGAUAAAUGACCUGCUGGCUAUCAAACAUCUAAGCUCGACGCCAUACCAUCCUAUGUGUAAUGGUCUGGUGGAGCGAUUUAAUGGCACAUUGAAACAAAUGCUACGCAAGAUGUGCCAAGAAGAACCAAAGUCAUGGGACCGAUUACUAGCACCCCUCUUGUUUGCGUAUCGUGAAGUGCCUCAGGCCAGCAUGGGGUUUUCUCCUUUCGAGUUGAUCUACGGUCGACACAUCCGAGGCCCACUCAGUCUACUUAAGGAACUAUGGACAGGAGACCACCUAGGCGAAGAAAUCAAGACCACAUACGGGUAUGUCUUGGAUCUCAGAGAUCGUCUGGAAAAGACACUACGGUUGGCACAAGAGAACUUGUCGCGAUCUAAAACGACCCAGAAAAUGUACUACGACCGGGGAAGCAAGAUACGCCAGCUGAAAGUUGGUGACCGUGCCCUUAUCCUGCUUCCAACGACGACCAACAAAUUGUUGAUGCACUGGAAGGGGCCUUUCUUGGUCACAGGAAAGAAAAGCAACUUUGAUUACUGGCUGGACUUGGGACACAUCACAAAACUGUUCCAUAUUAACAUGCUGAAGCGCUAUGAAGAGCGUGAACCCGAAAGUUCCCCACAGUCAGCAUCAUUCAUCGUGGUGGAGGAGGGCGAGACAGACACCCCUAUACCUACCUUCACAACAAAUGAGGGCCCGGGUACCGAAGCAAUUAAGCUUGGCGAUGAACUUCAAGAAGAUCAACGUGCAGCACUUCGCAGGCUCCUAGCCACCCACAAGGCUGUCUUUUCCGAAAUACCCGGAAAAACCAACUUAUUGGAGUGUCGUCUUCAGCUCACAACUUCUGAACCAAUUAACACUCUGCAAUAUCCCUUACCCCUCGCAAUGAAAGAGGUGGUCGAGAAAGAAGUGCAAGGUAUGUUACAACUUGGGGUGAUCGAACGGUCCGACUCGCCUUACAACUCUCCCUUGGUGCUGGUAAAGAAGCCCGACAAGACCUACCGUGCUUGCAUCGAUUUCCGUCGCAUCAAUGAUGUUCUGGUUUCCGACGCAGAACCUAUACCGAGGACGGACGUGAUCUUCGCUGAGAGCUUUGCUGACUUGCUCCACCACCAGAAGUACGAGAGCAAAGCUGAGCCCGCUGAACCGGUGCUGAGAAAGAGAGUGGUGAGCCAUACCGGCCUGCCACCUCCUUGA